AAAAAAUUGCGGAGCUUGGUGGCGGUGUUCCAACCUUACCCAAAAAAAAAAAAUUGCGGAGCCUUGUGGCGGUGUUCCAACUUCCUAUAUAUAGUUAUAUACACUUUGUCACCCUGCUGCUCCACACACAGUAUUGGGUUUUUGUAAAAGCAAAAACAUUGAAAGUUUUUUGCGUUCCUUUCAUGGCGAGAUUCAUGUCUUAUCUCAUGUUGCUCAUGUUUUUGGUUAUGACGGAAGAGAUUCAUGGUGGGAAUUCCAGAUCCGAACUUGUUGAUGUGCCUGCAGAAGAGCAACUAUCUGCGCUACAGAAGGAAGUCAUCAACCUUCAAAAGGAAGUCGACCAACUCGAUAGGAGCAAAAUCCAAGAAGUGAAGAGAGAAAUAGGGGAGUGGAAGGAAAAAUACUUUCAGAGUUGGGAUGAAGCGGUGAAGCUUCAAGACGAACUAUAUAAGUUGGUAAUUAAGAACUCUAAUCUUCAUCAAGAACGUCGAGAUUUGAGAGAUUUGAAGAAAGGAGGAUUGGAAAAAUUGGAGAAGAGCAUUAUGAGCAUAUAGGCUUCAGCUCCAUAGUGAAGAUUGAAGAUGAAGCAAAAUCAAAGCCGUCUCUUUUUUCAAGGAUAAAUUUUGAAAAACAAACAAAAGAACUUGGAUUUGUAGGGUAUUUUGGUCUUUAGAAAGACUCAAGUUGCCCCUUUUUUUACUGAAAGAUUUUUACUUUGAAUUUUUUAUAAUUUCAAUUGUCUUUUGGAGCCUUUGUGUUGGUUGUAACAUCAAUAAAAGAUCUGUACCUUGAGAAUUCAAGGUAUUUCAAAGAGUGAGUUUUGGGUUUUGAAGGUUUUCACCCAUCUUCCUUAAUUAUUUUGACUAUAGUUGGAUGCUAUUUGACUCAAAAUCUUAAUUUGGUACCUUGUAAUCUUACCCUAGUAAAACAAGCUCUCUGUUAUUUCAU